UUUCUCUCCCCCUCGCCUCCGCGUCGCCGCCUUCAAAAAUACUAAUAAAAAAGAAAAAAAACGCAAAAAGAAAAGGGAGGGUAGGAGAGAAAAAAAAAAAAAAGAAAAAAACUUCCCGAAUUCCCCAUCCUCCUCCGCGCCGCCUCGCCGGAAUUCGCCUCGAGGUCCGGCUAAUCGAAGCGGCGGUUGAUUUCUAGGUCGGAUCGGGGGGGCGUCGGGAGAAUGGACGAGUUCGAGCUGGAGGAUAACCUAGAGUUACUCCUCCAGAGCAUCCAGGAGCUCAUCGAGGACCAGGGGGAGAACAACCCCUUCGGCGCGGCCAACCACGACGAGCUCAUCGCUAGCCUCCUCCACAACAACCAGGAGAAUCCGCUGACUGAUGUGUCCGUGGAGGACGUUAGGGAUGGGAAGGACAUGCAGGGGAUCCCCUGGGAGAAGAUUGUGUUCCGGAGGGAUCAGUAUCGGGAGAUGAAGAUGAAGAAUUACAGGAAUUAUCAGAACCUGAGUUAUGCCCGGGAGGAAGCUCUGAAGGACUGCAAGAAAGUUGAAAAGGAUAGUCCUUACUACGAUUUCCAGUACAAUACAAGGCGUGCUCGCCCAUCAAUUGUACAUUUUCAGUUAAGGAAUCUGGUCUGGGCAACAACCAAGCAUGAUGUUUACACGGUGCACAACCAAUCAGUGACACAUUGGUCAUCAUUGGACCAGACAAGUACUGAGCUAAUCAAUGCGGAUGACUGCAUUAUACCAAAACAGAGAGGGCAUGGUUCACAGUCCGUUGCAAUGGUCCAGGUCACAACUAUGGCUGUAGAUGAUAGUUUAUUGGUAAUUGGUGGUUUUCAGGGGGAGCUUAUAUGCAAGCGCCUGGAAGAUGAUGGAGUUCUUUUCAGCACAAGAGUUACAGAUGAUGAGAAUGCUAUUACCAACUCUUUGGAGAUAUAUCAGGAUCCCACUGGAUCUAGACGGUUGGUGGCUGCUAACAAUGACUGCUCUGUCAGAAUUUUUGACAUUGAGUACUUUGAUUUGCUGAAGCACUAUGUCUUCCCAUGGUCUGUGAAUAGCGUUUCGGUGAGCCCAAAAGGGGGACUGUUUGCUGUCCUUGGGGACCAUGAGGAUGGCUUGGUAGUGGAUCCCAAGUGUGGCAAGGCAAUCGGUGCACUUAAGGGUCACUUGGAUUACUCUUUCGCAUCUGCCUGGCAUCCUGAUGGCAAUAUCUUGGCUACCGGCAGUCAAGAUACAACCUGUCGGCUGUGGGACAUUAGAAACCUAUCAGAGUCUGUGGCUGUACUUGGCGGAAGGAUGGGCUCGAUACGUUGCAUCAAGUUCUCUUCAGACGGGCGGUUCUUGGCUACUGCAGAACCUGUGGAUUUCGUCCAUAUCUACGAUUCAUAUGCAGACUAUGGCAGAUCUCACGAGAUUGACUUGUUUGGAGAGAUUGCUGGAUUGUCAUUCAGCCCAGACGCCGAGGCCUUGUACGUUGGCAUAGCAGAUCCAACAUACGGUGGCCUCAUAGAGUUCAACAGGAGGCACCAACAUCAUUAUUUGAACUGCAUGUGGUGAUGCCAUUUGUUAAGCGAAAUGUGCGUCUUUGCUGAGCUUAGCAGUCCUCCGAUUAUGUGCUGCAUAACUUGCACAACUUGUGGAAGGCGCACUAAUAGUGAAAAGCUCAUUAAAGAAAUUUUGCUGCUUUAGUUUUUAGCUGCAGCACCUGAAGCUCAUGAAUGGCCCCGAACUGUAAAAUUCUGUCCCUUUUGUCUAAAAUGUCACUUAGGAACUGAUGGAGGUAGAUAUAUAUGUAUAGCCGUCCUAUUUCAUUUUUCUCCAAAUCGAUGUACAUAUAGUUGUGGUAUCCCGGUUCUUUGCAACGCAACGAGCAUUGGCAACAAAAUAGCAAGGAUAAAUUAUGCCAGAAGUGGAUGGUUCGGCACAUCCGGAA